UCGUACAGUCGGCCAAUCCCGAACAAGAAUAGCCCGGUUGGAGAGACGUCAUUGGAGAGUAUUGAGAAAGAAGCCUGUGGUUCUCAAACCGGGUGGCAGAGUCUACCCGGAGGAAGGAACAACGAAGGUAAGAACAAAAUGGCGACAUUUGUGGACCCGGACCAGACCCCAGAUGCCACUGCAGAAAAAUGCAGCCGUUUUGAGGUGCUGGACUGGCUCAAUAAGAUCCUGGACAUCAAAUUCACCAGGGUAGAGCAGAUAUGUUCAGGUUCCUGCUACUGCCAGCUGAUGGACUGGCUCUUCCCUGGGUGCAUUGACAUGAGCACAGUGAAGUUCCAGGCCCAGGACACACCAGACUUCAUCCACAACUACAAUCUGCUUCAAGCUGGCUUCCGAAAGACCGGUGUCACCAAGUUUGUUCCAGUGGAGGAGCUGAUGAAUGGAAGGUUCCAGCCCAACUUCGUAUUCCUGAAGUGGUUCAAGAGGUUUUUCCAGGCUAACCUGGUGGGGCAGGUGUAUAACCCUGUGGAAGCUCGCCAGGGCCAGGAGAUCCAGCCUGCCAGACCCCCCCUCCGCUCCCCCCAGGGACUUGGCCGCAAGUCUGCCAGCCGCAACCCCAGUCAAUCAGGGGGGUUGGAAACCGACACGGAUGAAGAAGCUUUAGGAAAGCAUCAAAGGAAACGUAUAGUUUAUGAAGAUAUAUGGAGGGAGACGUACUCCUGGGUAGGGCCCAGCACUCUGGGAGAGGUCCAUGCCUACUGCAGUCUGUGUGACAUGAAUUUCAACAUCUAUCACUCGGGCCUUGUUGGCCUCAAGCGUCACUCACAGUGCAAGAGGCACCAGAAGCUUACCCUGGCUGCCAAUGGAUGCAAUGUAAGAACCGAGGCGAGAAAGAGCAGGCAGGGCAGCAUCAGCAGCUGUCCACCCUGUAGUGAGUUGGUCCUGUGCUUCAUUCAGGUUAACUGCGUCUCUGGUCCGUCCGCGGCUGGGGACCAGGUGUCUAACAGAUACGGUCAGUAUGUCCUGGGACUACAGUACCCAGAAGACAUAGUGUCCGCUUGCCAAAAGACUCCUUACUGCAUAUACAUGUACGGAGGAGUGGUGCUAGGGGAGGCUGGCAUAGCUUCUGUGGUUCUAGUAGGCUAUUUUGAUGUGAAGGCAGCCAGACACUGCAUCAGGCUGUUGGAUGUCCUGCAGUCUCCAGCCGAAGACAAUACUGGAGAGGAAACUGCUGCGGCUUUGGUGGAGACCUUGAAGAGGUUUGGGCUUCCUGCAGCUAACCUCGCGGCUCUCUACACAGAUGGUAACGGUGCUGCCUCUGAGCAGAUUUGCUCACAGCUUAGGGAGCUCAACCCCAACGUGGUGGUGCUAGGUAGGCUGUAUGGAGUGGCUGAUGCAUCCUGCCAUGCUGGGAUGGUAGAGCUCUCCACUCAGGCCCAGGAGCUAAUUGUAGAUAUCUACUCCUACUACUCCUUCUGCUCCACCAAGAAUGACAACCUGAAGGAACUGUUUUCUAGCAUAACCAGUAUCAAUGGCCUUACCCUUCCCCUCACCACCUGCUGCCUUAACUUCUGCAUGUUAGCCAGGAAAGUGUUGGAAAUGUGGACAGAUCUAAUCUCCCACUUCAGCUCCUGUAACAAAGAGGGUGACGUAGAUGAGAAGGCCAAACUGAUCUGCACACAACUGCAGGAUCCCCAAAUCAAGGCUACCUUUAUGUUCCUAAACCAGGCCCUGGAGCCCCUCCGUGCCUUCCAGGAGCGACUGCACCACCAUGAGGGCUCGGCCCGGGCCGACCUGGUACAGAUCCUACAGGAAGCCAGCAACCUCCUGCGCUCCUAUGCCUCCAGUUUCCUCCGUCCUCAAGCAGUCGUGCGUUUCCUCAAGGAACGUGACGUCUCUCUCCUCAAGACCACAAAGUUCCACCUGCCAGGGCCAGAGCUGAACGUAGGUGGGGCUGCAGUGGAGGACUUCCUGUGUGAGUCAUCAGAGUCAGGAAGUGAAGCACUGCAGUUUUUACAGAAACAGGCUCUGUCUUUCUACACAGCACUUACAGCCAGCGUGGCGGAGGGGCUGCCUCUGAGUGACGGCGUGUUGAGGAGCAUGGCCCAGCUACUGAGCCCCCAGGGUAGGUUGACGGUCACAGGGAAGGUGGUGGGAGAGCUGGGGGCUAAACUUGGGCUCUGCAGCUCACCUGAGGAGAUCAGCCAGCUGAACAAGGAGUUCCUGGAGUACCAGCUGGCAGAGGAGGGAGAGUGGGAAGAGGGAGGAAAUGGAUCUGAUGGGGGCAUCCAAAAUGGCUCUGCAGCCACCUCGCUGGAGCAACAUUGGUGCACUGUGUUGAAGGCUUCUGGAUCAACCAGCAUCUUCAGGAAACUUGUUUUGACCCUCUUAGCCAUGCCUUGCCCCCCACUUGAAGCCCAGAAGGUCUUCACACAGAUUGUGGAGAAUGGGGACGCUGCCCAGUUCACUGACAGUGUGACAGAAAGUGAGCUGGACUCUGUUCGGGAAGUAGACCUGACCAAUGACACCGCUCUAUCAGACAACAACAGUAUCUACGAGUCUGGCAUGAAGAAGAGAGGUCGUCCCAGAAAGAUUCCAUCAGAGGUGAAUUACCUUAAUGGGACAGUGAAGCCAUGCACAGUGCGGCUGCAGAAGAUAAUCAAUGGGCCAAAGAAUGAGGACGAUACUGUGUUCGUUGAGGACAACGUCAUUUGGACAAAUACUAUGGAGGGCACCAUUAGGGGCAUUUAUGGUUGGGAGAGCAGCUUACGCCAGAAGCCACAGGCGCGCACUGUGUUUCAGGCUGGUGCCGGCACCUGGGUCAAGCCACAGGCGCUUGACAACGACAGCAAAAAGGACCAGGAGUCCGAGGCUGCAUCGUCCCCGAAGAAGGAGAAUCAUACAUCCAACGUGUCUACAACGAGCCCCAGGGGAGCAAAGAAGGGCAUUGAUUACCAGGAUGGGAAGGGUUUCCCCACUGGAGAGCUGGUGUGGGGAAAGGUGAAGGGCUUCUCCUGGUGGCCUGGACUGGUGGUGCUCUGGAAGUCCAACAAGGCACCGCCUGUAUCCAAGCGCCGGGUAGAGUGGUUCGGUGACGGAAUGUUUUCCGAGAUCUAUACAGAGAGGCUUCUGCCUUUUGCAGCUUUUGCAAAGUGCUUUUGCAAGAAUUCCUAUUCCAGCUUGCCUACCUACAAAGAUGCCAUCUACCAGGUCCUUGAGUUGGCUGGUGAACGCUGUGAGAAGUCCUUUCUUGCAGCGGGGAAUAAGCAGGAGUUGCUUAAGUUGAUGCUGGACUGGGCCCACAGUGGAUUCCUGCCCACUGGACCAGAUGGGUUCAACCCCCCACCACCUGCAAAUGCCAAAUACUCAAAGGCAGAAUCUUCAGACUCGUCUCUGGCAGACUAUCAGCCCCCAGCUAAGAGGAAGUAUGUGAACAAGAACAGACCAUCCUAUGGGAAUCAGAGCUACAGCAGAGAGGCAAUGGUACGAGAGGUUAGGAAAGGCAAACAUGUUAAAGAAUUCUGUUUAUCAUGUGGAACCCCCCACAUCCACACCUUCCACCCACUGUUUGAGGGGAGUCUUUGCCUGAAGUGCAAGGAGAACUUUAUUGAGACUUUGUACAGAUACGACGAAGAUGGCUACCAGUCCUACUGCACGAUUUGUUGCGCUGGCCAAGAGGUCAUUCUGUGUGGCAAUGCCAGCUGCUGCAGGUGUUUCUGUAAGGACUGCCUGAACAUUUUGGUUGGCGAUGGAACCUUUGACAAGCUGAAGGAUGUUGACCCAUGGAGCUGCUUCAUGUGCUUACCAUCCCAGUGCAACGGAUCACUCAAGCUGCGAACUGACUGGAGCGUGCGAGUCCAAGAGUUUUUUGUCAACAACAGUGCUCUGGAGUUUGAACCCCACAGGGUGUAUCCCUCCAUUACUGCCCAUCAACGCAGACCUAUCAGGGUGUUGUCUCUCUUUGAUGGGAUUGCCACAGGGUACCUUGUGCUCAAAGACCUGGGCUUCAUCGUAGAACGCUACAUCGCCUCUGAGAUCUGUGGGGACUCGAUCACUGUGGGUAUGAUCAAACACGAGGGCAAGAUAGAGCACAUCAAUGACGUACGCACCAUCACCAGGAAACAUCUGGCUGAAUGGGGUCCCUUUGACCUCCUGAUUGGAGGAAGCCCCUGCAAUGACCUGGCCUGCGUCAACCCUGCUCGGAAGGGCUUAUUUGAGGGCACAGGCAGGCUGUUCUUUGAAUAUUACAGGAUGCUGACCAUGAUGAGGCCAAAGGAUGAUGACAACCGUCCAUUCUUCUGGCUCUUUGAAAAUGUGGUGGCUAUGCGCGGUCAUGACCUGGCUGACAUCUGUCGCUUUCUUGAGUGUAAUCCCAUCCUGAUCGAUGCGGUAAAAGUGAGCCCAGCUCACAGAGCUCGCUACUUCUGGGGAAACCUCCCUGGCAUGAACAGACCUCUAGCUACCUCUCUGGAUGAUAAGGUGAACCUGCAGGAUUGUCUGGAGCCUGGACGCACGGCCAAGUAUAACAAAGUUCGUACCAUCACCACCAAGUCCAACUCCAUCAGACAAGGGAAGAUGGGAUCACUACCUGUCGACUUUAAUGGCAAGGAGGACUACCUUUGGUGCACAGAGAUGGAGAAGAUCUUCGGCUUUCCCAAGCAUUACACUGAUGUCAACAACAUGGGUCGGAGCCAGCGGCAGAAAGUACUGGGCCGAUCAUGGAGUGUACCAGUUAUCCGGCACCUCUUCGCUCCACUCAAGGACUACUUUGCCUGUGAGUAGGAACCUCACGUUCCUGUGUGCUGCACACUGUCGUCAACAACAACAGCAACAUGAAAUGGCUGAUUGUUGGAGAGAGGAGGGUAAAAAAAAGAUCAUUAUCCUGCCCUGCUUUUCAGUGAAAGGAACUGUCCUGUGUUUCUCAGACUGACCUCACGGAAUCAUCUUAGUCUUUUUAUCAUUGGCUGUAUCAAGUGUUUUAUUAGGUUUAGAUAAUGAGCAUCUGUUUCAAUGCAGUGUGGUCAUAUGAUCAUAAUAUUACCAGAAUGCACUGACACUUUUUGGUUCUUUCCGUUUGUCUGGAAUAGUUCACGUUUGUCUAUCAUUUAUUUGAUGUUCGGUUUUGUCAACUUUUGGUCAAUGAUGGUGAGAUCAGACCUCAAACCCUGCCCACUAUCUACCUCAAUACUAAUCUAUGAUCGGUCUGACAUCUGCAGAAACACAGUUUUAUCUCUAUUUAAUUGAAUGAUUCUGUAUCAUUUAUUUUAUAUUUGAAUGUUAUAAAUAGUCAGAUAAAUCAUGUUCACGUGUAAUUAGGUGAAUAAACCUAAUGUUUUUUUUUACUUGUUUGGAAAAAUAGAUCUUCCAAAAUAAUUAAAAAUCCAAAACUCAGAUUCAAACCAAGGCAAAAAAAAAUGUGCCUUGAGUGUUUGAUUGUAUUUUACCUUGGACAAUAUUCAUCAGGGUUACAGUCUUUGUGGUGCUAUGUUAGGGUUUUUAAUGAUAUUCUUGUCAAAGAGGUGUUCACAGGACACACAUUUUCACUAACUAUAGGCAGGUUUCCAUUGACACAGGUUAAUUAGACUAAAGCAAUGUCACACAAAAAAGAAUUGCCACAUGUGUAAUGGAAACGGCAGAGACAUUUUCUAAAGAUCUAAUACAUUUUUAUACAUUCGACAUGGGUGGAUUUUUCUUUUGUCUUACGAAUAAAUUAUGAUUGACGAAUAAUUUUGAAGGUAGGCCUACGUGGGGCAUUUGAUGUUAUCGCGUAACUAUAAAUGUCCACUCCAGAUUUAAUUCUAAAUGCCUACUGAUGGCAAAAUCCAUUUAUUCAUCUCGGGGGGAAAAAAAUUUUUCUUUGCAUGAUGUCCCAUUUGAAGAAACCCUUUUGGUUCCAGGUAGAACUCUUUUGGGUUCCAUGUAGAACCCUUUCCACAGAGGGUUCUAUCUGGAAACAAAAUUGUAUUUUUUUUGCUAAAUAUUGCUAAUUUUACCACAUUUUUAUUCGACAUUCUAGGUUUUUGCGAAAAGUGUUAUUUUAAGGGGAGACGUCAUUACGUCCAGCUGUUUUCAUCGACACACGACAGUUGAAUAGAAACGCAGCAUUUUUAAAUGUCGACAAAAAAAAGAAAUGACUAAAUGUUAAUGGAGGCAUAACUAUUGUCUCACUUGUUAGAGCAUGCCACUUAUAGGCUUUAAUUUAGGGGAUAUAGUCAAGCAUGUGAAAGAAAAAGUUGCUGAAACCAGUCCUUACAUGUUUGAUUUGAAUAGUAAGAUGUGUGCCUUCUCCCUGUCUUGGAACAAUGGGGAGAAGAACGGUUGUAAUCGCAAGUGCCUACUAAACAACUGUUAAAACCUAGAUAACAAUAUACGUAGAACUAUUUUUCUUCUGUAAUUAUUCAUUCUUAAAUAUUGUAAAGGGAGUUGGACAAAGUUCUGAGGAAAGGAGUACAUCAUCAAUGUCUUCACGUAAUUGUUUCAGUAAAACAGACAGGCAGCGUGUAAGUUUGUCUUUAAAGUGGGCACUUUUUUUCUGAAAGCAACUGUUUUAAACUGACGUUGUAUGUUCAUGGAGUGUUGAUGAAGGUCACAUGGAGGGCCUAAUCAUAACAAACCCACUUCAGUUUCAUGCAUGUGACGUGUGUUGUUAUGACAGGUCAUCUGUGUGUUAAAUUGAAGUGAUGGCUUUAACUGCAGCGUUCUGUUCAUCUCGCUCUCAACAAGUUUGUUGAUGAUAUCACAACACAACCAGCUUUCAUCAAAAACUUGAAGUUACGCUACAUUCUAAAAUGAGUACUGUUUGUCAUUUGGGGUUACUGAGAUUUGUAACUCAUCAGUUUUGAACCCUUGUUCCCCUCUACCAUCCAUACCUACCUGCUGUACUGUAUGAAGUGUGUCAGUGUGGUGACUGAUCUCAACUCUGAGGCAGAACAGAUACUGUAUACCAAAUGUGUUUUUCUUUCUAUUUUUCAUAAGCACAACCAGGUGAACACAGUCUGGACAGUGAUUUACAUAGGAUACUGGCCUUAUGAAUAGUUUUUUUGAAAUGAAACAAAAGGAACAAACAAUUGUUUUGUGUACUGUAUGUUUCUAUAACACUUUAAUAACAAUGCCUUUAAAAUGAGGUUAUUCGGGUCAUCACUAGACUCCUAUUGGUGCUAUAUUAUUGUUCAAUUGUUUUCUUAUAUUUCAUAUUUUCUUGCAUGGUAUGUUAAUAUUGAGUCAAGCUGUAUAUAACAUGGUUAGCUGUUCCCCAGCUUGUUUAGUGUAUAGCUGUCAUAGUCUCAUAACCCCAUGUAAAGCUUUUGAUCAUGUUAGAGAUGAGAAAUAAACUGCCCUAAUUGUAUUAUUUGUA